AUGGCGGCCUUUGCGAUUUUGUGGUCGCUCGUGGUGUCCCAGGAGGCCUGCGCGGCAGAGCAGUGUGGUUUCAAGGGUGGGUCCAACACCGUGUCUAAAGAUGUGGCCUCCAUGGUCCAACUCAAUGUUGGCCAGUCCUCCAGCAUCAACACGAUGGCCCUAAAGAAUGGCGCCUAUUACUUGGCAGCAGCAGGCAUAAGCUGCGAUCAGCACUGCAAUGACAACAGCCUGGGCACCUGUAAUGCGGCAUUGACCAACAGUGCCACUGCAGACGACCUGGAAGACCUGUCUCCUGGGUGCACUGAGGCCCAGGGACCGGACAUUUUUUUUCCUGCCGUCCUCACUUUGAGGAUUACCGCCGCCGCCCCCGAAACCGUCACAUGCUUCACAAACAGCGCAACAUCAACUACGUGCGAUGCAGAACCUGAACAAAGUCCACCCAAUGUGGACACUUUUGCUUUCCAACGAGUCUGCUACUGCGAGGCUGGUGGUGUUGAUGGUGAUCCCCAUAUCCACAGUUUGCGGGGAGCCCACUACACCUUGCUGCAGCAAGGCUUUUUCGUCGCCUGGAACUUCUCCAGGGCUGUGCCAGCAUCAACUGUGCCAAGUGCAGCUCCAGCUCGUGGGUGGCAGCUCCUGGCGGCCUAUGCAGGCCAUCGCUUCACCACGCAAGGCCUGCUGCUUUUGGAUCCCCACUCCGGGCAGUCCAUGGAAAUCACAGCAGAAGACUGCUCUUGGCGUGUCAAGGAGAAGAAAACCCCAUGGCGCAAGGUGCAGGUGGAGUUGCUAUCGGCAGAAGACGGGACGACCAGCCUCCAAGUGAAGAGGCUGCACGAGAAACUGGGUGAAACCAAGAUCUUGAGGUCUGCAAUCCUGUUGCAGAUGGGGUCAGGGUCCGACAUGAAGAACAUCUCAACCCUUGUGGUCCAUUGCAGGCCAAAGCAUCACCUCGACUUCAAGGUAAGCAUGUUCCAGAAGAGCGACAUCGACCAUGUGGGUGGUGAACUUGGAGUGGCUCCAGACGUAGACCACAACUACCACUUCUUGUUCAGCAAACAGGGCAUGAUGCGAAUGAGAGCAGACCAAGAGUUUAAGGCACCUGGAUCGUGGGUGACCUUGGGUGGCAGCCCAGCUGGGGCCGCAUACUUGGAGAAGAAACACCAAACAGGGACAAGUAUGGUGCAGUCGCAGGGUUGCAGUGAUGCUCAGGAGGACGAUGCCAGAGCCAUUUGUUCGAAGCACCUCCAGCAAACGACUCACCCGGAGACGUUUGCUGAUUGUGUGUACGACUUAUGCCAUGGAGGUGAUGAAUCUUUCGCCCAAAGUGCGGCAGCAUUCCUUUCGGAAUCCAGCGCCUGA